UAUAGAACUGUCAUUUCAUUUUACUUCCUGUGAUUAUCCAAUACCUAUUUGAAAUUUUUUAUCAAGAUUUUCAUAAAUAAAAAGGAUGGCAGUGAGGUUGUUAUCGAAAAUUCGGCUCGUGCCGGAGUUGCGAGGCGCGGCGUAUAGCUCUGCAGCUGCCCAGCUCUCCGAUUUUGAAGUGCAACACAAAACCCCUGUAAUUCGCAAGCAGAAAAUCAUCCCUGUGGCUCAGUAUGGAGGACGGCAUGCUGUUACGAUGUUACCUGGAGGAGGAAUCGGUCCAGAGGUCAUGGGUUACGUGAGGGAGAUUUUCAAGUACAUUGGGGCACCCAUAGACUUUGAAGUUGUAGACAUUGACCCAACUGUGGACAAUGAUGAGGAUGUACAGUAUGCUAUUACAACUAUUAAGAGGAAUGGUGUUGGACUUAAGGGUAAUAUAGAGACAAAGAGCGAGGCAGCAUAUGUAACAUCGCGUAACGUGGCUCUGCGUAACGAACUGGACAUGUACGCUUACGUCCUGAACUGCAAAUCCUUCCCCGGCGUACCCACCAGGCAUAAGGAUAUUGAUGUUGUCAUUAUUAGACAAAACACAGAAGGUGAAUAUGCUAUGCUGGAGCACGAGUCUGUCUAUGGUGUGAUCGAGUCUAUGAAAGUAGUGACGGCGACCAAUUCUGAACGAGUAUGCCGUUUCGCCUUCGAGUUUGCUAAGAGAAACGGAAGAAAGAAGGUAACCACAGUCCACAAAGCCAACAUAAUGAAGCUGUCGGACGGGUUGUUCCUGGAGACGUCGCGCCGGCUCGCCAGAGACGAGUACCCCGAGAUCGAGCACAACGACAUGAUCAUCGACAACUGCUGCAUGCAACUGGUUGCCAAGCCGCACCAGUUCGACGUGAUGCUGAUGACGAACCUGUACGGCUCCAUCGUGUCCAACGUGGUGUGCGGACUGCUGGGCGGCGCUGGACUGCUGUCGGGCAGGAACUACGGCGACCACUACGCGGUGUUCGAACCCGGCACCAGAAACACCGGCACAGCCAUAGCGGGCAAGAACAUCGCUAACCCCAUAGCGAUGAUCAACGCGUCGGUCGACAUGCUGGAGCACCUGGGCCACCACUACCACGCCGACCUCAUCAGGCGAGCGGUCAACAAGACCAUCAAUGUGGACAAGAUUGUGACCCCAGACGUCGGUGGUACAGCUUCCUCCACCGAGGUUGUGAACAAUAUUAUGGUAAAUAUUGGCAAAAUGGCAAGAGGAUGAAGCAGUUCUUUUUUUUUAUAAAUAUACAACUAUA